CACCGGCGCCUGUUUCUCCCUCGCACUCUCCCGCGCUUAAGGGACCUCCUCCGGAGACAGAUCUCCGCGCGCGGUCGCAGCCCCAAGCUUAGCACUAUGUGGAACGCGACGCUCAGUGAGGAGCUGGAGCCUAACGUCACUAGAGACCUGGACUGGGACGCUUCCCCAGGCAAUGACUCUCUGACGGACGAGCUGCUGCCAUUGUUCCCCGCGCCGCUGCUGGCGGGCGUCACCGCCACCUGCGUGGCGCUCUUUGUGGUGGGUAUCUCGGGCAACCUGCUCACCAUGCUGGUGGUGUCCCGCUUCCGCGAGCUGCGCACCACUACCAACCUCUACCUGUCCAGCAUGGCCUUCUCCGACCUGCUCAUCUUCCUGUGCAUGCCGCUGGACCUCGUCCGCCUCUGGCAGUACCGGCCCUGGAACUUUGGCGACCUGCUCUGCAAACUCUUCCAGUUUGUCAGCGAGAGCUGCACCUAUGCCACGGUCCUCACCAUCACCGCGCUGAGCGUCGAGCGCUACUUCGCCAUCUGCUUCCCGCUGCGGGCCAAGGUGGUGGUCACCAAGGGCCGCGUGAAGCUGGUCAUCCUUGUCAUCUGGGCCGUGGCCUUCUGCAGCGCGGGGCCCAUCUUCGUGCUGGUGGGCGUGGAGCACGAGAACGGGACCGACCCUCGGGACACCAACGAGUGCCGCGCCACCGAGUUCGCGGUGCGCUCCGGGCUGCUCACCGUCAUGGUGUGGGUGUCCAGCGUCUUCUUCUUCCUACCGGUCUUCUGCCUCACCGUGCUCUACAGUCUCAUCGGGAGGAAGCUGUGGCGGAGACGCGGCGACGCGGCGGUGGGCGCUUCGCUCAGGGACCAGAACCACAAGCAGACGGUGAAGAUGCUUGCUGUGGUGGUGUUCGCGUUCAUCCUGUGCUGGCUGCCCUUCCAUGUGGGAAGAUACCUGUUUUCCAAGUCCUUCGAGCCCGGCUCUCUGGAGAUUGCUCAGAUCAGCCAGUACUGCAACCUCGUGUCAUUCGUCCUCUUCUACCUCAGUGCUGCCAUCAACCCCAUUCUGUACAACAUCAUGUCCAAGAAGUACCGGGUGGCGGUGUUCAAACUUCUAGGGUUUGAAUCCUUCUCCCAGAGAAAGCUCUCCACUCUCAAGGACGAGAGCUCUCGGGCCUGGACAAAGUCGAGCAUCAACACAUGACAGCCCAUUGCAGCGCCCAGCUCACCACUCCACACCAGAAGCCAUAGUCAAGCAAAACUUGGGAGGAAGCAGAAAGUCAGGUUAGGGUUAUAGACUAAUGGAUCUGGAGACAGUUGGGGGCGGGGACUAAAGCCAGAUGGUAGGGCCUGUGUGGUUUGAUUUGAUGGUGCUCUCAUCAGAGCGCUGCGCAGCAUUCCUGCAAAUUUGUGUCUAUGAUUUGCAUUUGGAGCUAUUGACAGCUUUGCCACUCAGAGGAAGGAGCAGGUACAGACUGGGCAAUGGCUUUCCUUCUUGGUGGGUAAACACUAAACCCCAUUUGCUUUUCUCAUCAUAACGAAAAUGAAAUAGCAUUGCAAACAACUUAAGACAUGACUUUUCAAAGCUAGCAAUCUCCACAAAGCACCAUAAUGUAAGGCACAUAUGUAAUCAAUAUGAAAUGAUUAAGAAACCUCCAUUCUUCUCCCCCAUAGUAAUUCUGAAACCUAGUAUGUUUCCUUACAUAUGUAGCCCACUUGAAGUUAUACAGUUAGUUUCAUUAGAAAUAUUUGAUGCAUUUAAUUUGAUCAUGGACAAAUAGAAUCAACAGCUUAAAUUUCAUGGGUACACUCAAAGUUUUUAAGUAACAUAGUUUGCCUUUGUUAAAAUUCAAAGUUAAUUAAAAUAAGCAAUUCAGUUCUUCAUUUGUACUAGGUACAUUUCAAGCAUUCAACAGACAAAUGUAGCUAGUGGUUAUCAUGCCAAGCAGAUACUCCAGAAUGCAUGAAAAUUAAUUAUUACUCUCACAUAAAGUGUUUAAAAAUAAGUACCUGUUCCUUUCAAAUGUUUUUAAUAGUAUAUUAGUAUAGCAGGAUUUUAGAGUCACACCUAAUGCUCUAUCAUCAUGGUGGAAGAGAGUGGAAUACAUCUUAAAAUUAAGUCACACAUUUUUAAAUUAAGUUCAAUUGCAUGCAUCAAUUCAGGAAGUGAAAUGUUGUAAAAACCAUAGACUGCCUUCUUUGGCUUAAUAUGUAAGCUAAUCAUAAGCCUUUCAUUUGUGGAUAGGUAAUUAUUAUUUAUUCUGGCUUGCUUAUAGUAACUUAAAGAAUAUCAAAAAACUUCAAAUGCUGAAGGCAGGCUCAUAAUUUCCCCAACAUUUAUGCUUAUUGCUAUUCAAAACUUUAAAAAAUUUUCCAGUAAUUUAUUUCAACUUGUCCCUGCUAUGUCCUAUCUCCAAGGUGAGGUCUUGCUAUUCAGACCUCACUGCUCAGUGACAAACACAGUCAAUGGGUUUCUAGUUUCAUUCUUAGACAUAAUUGAGCAUACAUUUCAAUUAAUAUUGUACAUUUUAGCUAUAAAAACUAAAUUUUCAUCUAUAAAGACAUUACUCUUUGUACGUUCAAGUGGAUGAUCUGAAUCUAUCAUUCCAAAAUGAUUGCUUCCAUUCUUCAAGUGAGCAGCUCCCACAGAAAGGGCUGGUUAAGCUGCUUAAGAAAGUUAAUGUCUUGUACUUAAAAGGAAAGGUUACUAGGCUGAAGUAAUGGAUUGCCUGUUUGCUUUGGAAACAUAAAGAAACAAGCAUAAUUAGGAUUGCUGUAGAAGAAAUAUUUCUGAAACCAUGUGGACAGGAAACUCACUGUAAACACCCAAUGUUACCAAGUUGACUGUCUGUUAAUUCUUAGGCACGCAUCAGCAAGUACACGGAGGCAUUCUGUUCCAGGAGAUUUAAUGGGUGCACUCAGCAUCCAUCUCCUCACUAGUACUCAGUAAAUUAGAAAGAACUUCUUCAGCUUCCUGAAGAGUUUGUCUAUAAAUACACCACGCUUGAGAGUAAACAAGUUUUCAAAACGUAAUGAUUAUCACUGCUUUGGAGAGAAACAAGCCUGACUUCUGAUUAGUUGCUGAAUUUCUUCAGUGAUCCCACCUCUGUGGUCCAUGUCAGUAGUCCUGAACUCACAUCCCGGGAGUGCACUAUAGAGCAAGGGCUACUAUGUUUCCCGCUGGUUAACCUGGAAGCUAAGGGAUGUAUUUAGAGAAAGGAAAUUCUAACUUGUCCUUUCCAAUCAUUACUUUCUUCUUUUGUUUGCCAGUUAUUUAAGUCAUUACAAUCUGUGUAUCAUUUAAGACUCAGGAUAAAAGAAAAUUACGCUGAAGAAAACUAUGUGGGAAUGUCUACCAUUUCUCAAUAUUUGGUAUGUGCCUGCUAUUUAUGAGCUCUGAGAAAUUAACAAGCCAAAGUUUUUUAUUCUUCGUGAUCUUACAAUCAUCUGUGUAUUUUAUUGCUGUGGGUAGUGGAUAAGAUAUUUGAAUUAUGAGGUAGAUAUCUCUAGUAAGCAAGUAUCAAAUGUCCCCGCCAGAGGACCACAAAUGGGCUAUUCAUCCAACUGGGGUGUCGUAUUCUAGACAUGGGCUAUCAUUACUAUAUUUAUAGGCAGAGCUAGUUCGCCUGCUAGUGGGAAUCACCCUGAGGACACUCAUAAACACAAAAAGCCAGUUUCUCUUUAUAGUCCUUGCUUCUAUUGCCCUGCUUACCCAGCAGCCAGGGUUCUGUCUUAGGCAGUGUCAAAGUCAAGGUCACAGUGCUUCUAUUGCCCUGCUUACCCAGCAGUCAGGGUUCUGUCACAACUUAGGCAGUGUCAAAGUCAAGGUCACAGUCUUCAGUUCAGGAAGACACUGUUAUAUGAACAGGAGCUUUUUUAAAAUAAUCACUUUAGACAUUUGUGCUCAUUAAUUACUUUAAGUUGAAUGUUCUAGCUGGGUGCAGUGGUGCAUACUGGUAACCCCAGCACUUGAAAGCUGAGGCAGGAGGAUUACCACUAGUUCAAGGACUGCCUGAGUUGUCUAGUGAGUUCUAUCAUAGCCUGAGAUGCAGAGAGAGAGACAGAGAGCCCAUCUCAACAAACAAACAUUAAAGUUAAAAAUCUGUAGUGAGGAAAUUUAGAAACACUCUAGAAUGGCCUCCACCCAGAAAAAAACAAGGUGAUGAGAGUUUUUUCAUGCAAAUACUUAUGUUAGUUACAAUUUUGGGUUCAAUAUGAAUACUUUCAGUUCAUUUUGUCUUUUUCAUUUAUCCAAAUACUUGAAUUUAAUAUUUUUUAAAAAGAAAAACUGUGAGAUUUUGUGUAAGACUGGUGCCUACACUCUCUUGUCUUUUAAAGAACAGUGUGCAUCUCUUUAAAACAUUGCAUAAUAUUUACAUAUACAAAAUGUUCUUACCACCAUGUGUAAAUUAAUAGAGUCAUUCUAUUUUCACUGUAUCUAGUGUAAAUAACAGUGUUCAAAGAAAGAGGUGAAGUCCUUGAAGACACACCAUGUCUAACAUGGUAUGUUAGCUAACGGAUCACCUGUGAUUUCUCUGCAGCUUACACUGUGACAGUAGCUGGCACGUGCAACAGUAAGUAGCAUAGACCAUUAGUGACAAAUGGUAGUUCAGUGGAUUGGGAACAUGAUUCUUGUUUAUUUACUUUUUAGCAGAAAGAAAACUGCUAUUCAAAAUCAACAGAAAGCUACACAGUCUAAGUCGUGAGUGACCAGACUCCCAACAUUAAGCUCAUGCCCCUUCCCAAUUUGGAUUCCUUGAAUCCAGUCACCUGGUUCCUUGCAAUAAUGUAAAUGUGACACAGCUGAGGGAAAGCUUCUGGUGGUGCUGACUUCUGUGGUUUUCCUUCUGAAGGCAAACUUUUUCAGGAUGCUGAAGGCUGGCCAACUAGGACAACAUCGUCAACUUGCUUUUAAGAUGCUACAUGUUUAUCCCCCUGCUAUUGUUUGCCUGCUUAUUGGAAUUUCCAUUAAUAUUUCAUGUCUUUAUUGUACACACCUUUGCUCACAGAACUUACAGCUAUGGUCAAAACUGUCAAAAAAAACAACAACAACAAAAAACCCUGUAACUUCAGAAAACAUUCCCCAUGACCAUGGCCAGAAAUUUCGCCAAAAUAUUCACAAGUGUCCUCUCUAGGCUCCUCUUCCUCGCCAGACACAGACAGCACCAGGGGAAACACAUAUGUAUCUCAAUCCACAAAAUAUUUAUAUUCUUCGCAUUUAGUGUUGUGCAUCUAAUGUACCAAAACACUUUUGUUUCUGUGAGUGUCACUAGACACUGUAGCACCAUCCUUAGCAUGUAUUCUCCUAGGCACUACUGUACUUGGUCCAUGUGUGUCAUCAUAGUGUGUCAGAAGUGUCACUAGGGGAUUGCGGUUUCUUUCUUGCAAGGUUUUUGUACAUGUUAACUACGACUUCACUGUAUCUCUCAUAUACCUGUCUCACAGAAUUUGCAAUCCCUUUCCUGGUGUAUAAUGACCAACGAUUGCUUAAUAAAUAUCUUUUUAGAGCAUGUAGUA